UGGCAUAUAACAUAAGUUUCCUUUAGAAAAUUUUCAACUUUGAAUUAGUCAAAUACCAACUAUUUGAUCAUGAAGAUCAACACCAAUUCACUUUCAGACGCUCAUUUUAUAUCCAACUACUCUCAGUUUCUUUCCCUAAUGCUCUCCAUCCUCUCCGACAAUGCCAUCCAAGUUUUGGUUCAUCAUCAUCACCAUAAGCUUGGUCCUGAUUCUUUCUCCAAAAGCAGUGUUUUCGAAUAAUUAUUUGAGCUGCAGUGUUCGAUCCAGUUGCGGAAAUAUUUCGGAUAUCGGUUACCCUUUCUGGGGAUUGAAUCGGCCGGAAAGAUGUGGAUAUCCUGGAUUCAAGCUCAGCUGCAGUGAAAGUGAGCUAGAAAUCACAAUCAACUCUGCAACAUACCGAGUUCUUGCAAUAAACAAGGCAUCACAAACCGUUCGUGUCUCUAGAACCGAUUACAGUGAGAAUCUUUGUCCCACUCAUCUCAUCAACUCCACUUUUGGAAGUGAAACCAGUCCUUUUCAACAAAACGGGGAUAGUCAGGAUAUAAGGCUGUAUUAUGGUUGUCAGCCUCUCACAGCUCCACAAAAUCUCACAUCAAUUACCGGGAUUUCCAACCGAUUUGACUGCACAAUAAACAAUACAAAUAUCGUAGGUUAUUAUGUGACAAGGGAGUUCGCGGGAACUGUCAUCGGCACUUUCCUGAGAUCUUGCAGUAACAGUGUGAUUAUACCAGUCCCGAAUUCUCAAGUUCCGUCACUGGAGGAAGGCCGGGAUGCAGAUGAUUUGGAAGAAGCGGCUAAAAUUGGGUUUCAGCUGUGGUGGUCUGCAGAUGAUGCCCUUUGUAAUAAUUGUGUAAACAAAGGUGGGCAGUGCGGGCGUAACCUCGUCUCAGGUGAAUUUGAAUGUUACUGCUCAGAUGGCGAUGUUUGUUCCCCAGAGAAAAAGAAAACAAUGGGAAAGGGUCUCAUACUUCGACUAGGACUGGUGGUAGCUAUAACCAUUCUCAUAUGCUUCCUUGUCUUGUGGUUCAAAGGAAAAUCAUUACUAAAUCAAGGAAAGAAGAAAGAGGAUACUAGGAUUGAGGCAUUCAUCAAAAAGUUUGGUUCUCUUGCACCAAGGCGAUAUUCUUAUGCAGAAAUUAAAAAAAUGACAAAUAAAUUUAAUCAUAAAUUAGGUCAAGGAGGAUUUGGCAGUGUAUACAAAGGGAAAUUGCCUGAUUGUCGUCUCGUGGCGGUCAAAGUCUUAAGUGAAUCAAAAGAAAAUGGAGAGGAUUUCAUGAAUGAAGUGGCUAGCAUUAGUAGAACUUCUCAUGUUAAUAUCGUAAGCCUACUUGGUUUUUGUUUUGAGAAAUCAAAGAGAGCUUUAAUUUAUGAAUUCAUGCCCCACGGAUCCUUGGAUGGGUUCAUUUAUGAUAGAGGAUUGCAUCAUCGAAGUUGUCGAUUGGAGUGGAGAACUUUGUAUGACAUUGCACUUGGCAUUGCUAGAGGACUCGAAUACUUGCAUCAAGGUUGCAAGACAAGGAUCUUACAUUUUGAUAUAAAACCUCACAACAUCCUUUUAGAUGAGAACUUCUGUCCCAAAAUCUCUGAUUUCGGUUUGUCUAAAUUAUGUGAAAGAAAGGAGAGUAUUAUUUCCAUGGCUUGUGCUAGGGGAACAGUAGGUUAUAUUGCUCCAGAAGUGUUUUGUCGAAACUUUGGCGGAGUUUCUUAUAAAUCUGAUGUCUAUAGCUAUGGAAUGAUGGUCCUUGAAAUGGUGGGAGGAAGAAAAAAUAUUGAUGUUGGAGCGUCUCAAACUAGUGAAGUAUAUUUUCCGUCUUGGAUUUAUAAGCAUCUUGAUCAGUCUAUGAACUUGAAUCUUAAUGGAGUAAUAGCUGAAGAAGAAGAAGAAAUAACAAGGAAGUUGAUUAUUGUGAGCCUUUGGUGCAUUCAAUCUGAUCCAUUUGAUCGACCAUCGAUGACUAAAGUGAUAGAAAUGUUACAAGCAAAUGUUCAAUCAUUGAUAAUUCCACCUAGACCUUUUGUAUCUUCUCCUAUACGAUCUCCUAAAACUUUAGAACAUCAAAAAUAAUUUAAGCUUUGAUUUGUUUGAUGUUGCAAGUUUAACUCAAACUUCUAAUAAAAAUUAUUAUUGAAUAUUAUAAUUA